AUGUCCCAAUCAAAACCCUCGAUUAUCAUUGUUCCCGGCUCGUUCAGUCUGCCCGAGUUCUAUGACGCGGUUACAGAUAGAGUAGCAUCCAAAGGCUACGAGAUCAAAGCCAUUCGUCUCCGCAGCACCGAGAAACUUCAACAACCUGCAACCAUGUACGAUGAUGCGGCCGCGAUUGCCAACGAGGUUGCGGCGCUAGUGGAUCAAGGAAAGGAGGUGAUCUUAGUGGCUCACUCGUAUGGCGGGGUGCCUGCCAGCGAGAGCAUCAAAGGACUAGCCAAGACAGAGGAUUCCGGGAAGGCAGGUGGUAUUGUAAACCUGGCAUAUCUGACGGCGGUGGUGCCCGAAUUGGGCGCAUCUUCGGCGGAUGUGUUGGCUGAUAUUCCGACUGAAAAUCGUGUUGAAUUACAACUUGAGGAUGAUGGAUACUUGGUUAUGGCCAAUCCGACCGCGUCCGCUUCACUAUGCUUCUCAGACCUCCCAGUCGAGGAAGGCGAGGCAUGGAUGAAACGAUUCGCUCGACAUUCGGCUGCCAGCUUCACAAACCCACUGACGUACGCUGGGUAUAAGGACUUACCAGUUUCAUAUUUGCUCUGUGCGGAUGAUAAGGUGAUCCCAGCUCGGGAGCAGCAGAAGGGGAUCGAUAUGAUUGAGAGAGAGACUGGUAGGGAGGUUGACGUGACCGUGAUUCAAACGGGACAUUUUCCUAUACCUAGUGCACCUGAAAAGGUGGUAGAUUGGAUUACAAGCCUAGCAUCGCGGUAUGAGAAAGGUAAAUAG